AUGCCUGCCCUCGUAUUUGAGUGGAAUGAAGCGGGUUUCAACGAUGUUCCUAAUGCUCCAGGUCUUCGAAAUGGUAUUUCAGGCCAAAACAAGGCUGCGAUUAUCACAAAUCUUAUAACAAAUGGCGCAACAGGGUAUAAUAAUGAUUUAACAUUUACAUUUCCAAGUGGCAGUGCUAUUGGAGAAUGGAUUAAUCAGAUAAGAGUGAACUUACCAUGGGUAAAGAAUCAACGAGGUGUUCAAAACGUUUGCAAUUCAAUCACUAGAAUUAACCAAAUUACUGAUAAUGAUUGUGGUUGUGCAGAUACACCCUCAACUGUAUUCGAUAUUGAGAACUUUUCAUACAUCUUUAAUGGUUGA